CUCCCCCCUAAUCCCCCACACUGAGUCGCCAGGGCAACCAUGGACGGACUACGCCUGCCACCGGUCAUCGAGGAGGUCAUGGACCCUGCAGAUGACAUAUGUGACCUGAAGGUGGAGAGGCCUGGCAUUGUGGACAAGCUGACGGCCAAAGAGAGAGAGUCCCUGGAGGAGAACGAUGAGAAGGAGGAGAAAGAGAAGGAGGUGGGGGUGGGGAACGGAGAGAAGGGCCAGCAGGAGGAGCAAGGAGAGGAGAAGGAGGUGAAAGUGGAGGAGGACGAGGAGGAGGAAGGAGGAAUGUUAGAGGAGGAUGACUUGGAGGAGUUGAGGUCCCAGGUGCUGCAGCUGGUGUUGGAGCUGGAGGAGGCCAGGGAUGUGUCUCAACGACAUGAAGAGAGCUUCAUGGAGCUACAGGGUCUGUUGGAAGAUGAGCGUCUGGCCAGUGCUCACCAGGCAGAGAGCUUUACCAGACAGAUCCAGAGACUGCAAGCUCAGCUGCAUUCAGUCCAGGAGGAGAUGGACUCUCUGGAGGAGGAAAAGGAGAGUGAACUGGGGGAGGUGCAGGAGGAGCUGAGGUCUGCCCAAGAGGAGGUGCUGGUGCUGCAGCAGGCGGGGGAGGAGGCAGCAGCGGAGAGGGAGAACGACAUCGCCUCCCUGCAGGAGGAGCUGUGUCGUCUGAGGGCCGAGCUGCAGCGUCUCCGCACCACGGCCCAAGAGUACGAGCUGGAGAUCACCACCCUGCGGGCCGAAAUCAGUAUGAAGAGCAUGAGGAGGGAGGGAGAGACUGACGGUGAGGUAAGCCAGCUGACGGCGGAGUGUCAUACGAUUUCAGACGAGUGUCAGACCCUGAAGGACGAAAACAAACAGCUGAGCCUCAAACUGCAGCAGCUACAGCGAGCCGGCUCCAAUGAUGUCUACCUGGCCUUGAGAGGGGAGGGGGAGGAGGACCAGAAGGAUGAGGGCGUUGGGCAGGAUGAGGAAUCAGUGAAGGCUGGAGGCUACAUGACCCUGUCUCAGACCCAGGGUGGGCAGACCCAGGGUGGGCAGACCCAGGGUGGGCAGACCCAGGGUGGGCAGACCCAGGGUGGGCAGACCCAGGGUGGGCAGACCCAGACUGGGCAGACCCAGGGUGGGCAAGGUGGGCGCUUGGUGGAUGCCUCCAUCCAGAAGAACAUCUCGUUCGAUGGCAAGCCCAUCACCAACUGGAACGGGGGACCCUCUGAAGUCUUCUCCCUACGAGACCAGCUCAAACUGGCUGAGGAGAGGGCCUCGCAAGUACAGGGACAAUGUGAGGGUUUGAAGGGGGAGCUUGCGGAACUGCAGGGGCUGUUUGACUGCAGCCAGAAGGAGAGGGUUGAGCUGGAUCUGGAACUACAUCACUAUAGGGCGGAGCUAGAGAGGCUGGGCGGCAAGAAGUCACAGGAGAGCGAGGGAGGCUGGAACCUGGUGGCGGUGGUUGCCGUGGCAGCGCUUGUAGUCCUGAUAGUCCCCAGCCUUUCUAAAGCGUUUACCUGAGGUCUACACAGAAAGGAAGUCACUGUACAGGAAAUGACUUUGCCGGUUGCCCAUGGCAACACUGGCAAUGCCAUGCCCCUAUCUCAUGAUGCCCCUGUCAAAUCUCCUCCUCGCUUCAUCUUCCAAGGAGAGGACUACAUCGAAAACGGACAUUUUCACCAGGAAAUACAACACCACAAGGAAGUAGUCCCAUACAUUACUCAAGGAGAAAUACUUAUACCUGUUUAAGCCACUCUAACGAUAAGGACUGCAAUAUCUUGUUUCUCUCUUUAAAGUCCUUCAGUUUGACUCAAUCGGUUUCCCUCUCUACUACUCUUCUCUCUGCGCUUCUUUAGAUAAACUUACGAGUUUAAGGGAACAGCAUAAUAUAACAGGGAUUGCCUCAGAUUUUGUGGCAGUACUGUGUCUGCGUGGGUGUCAAUUGAAAGACACAGUUAGGCACAGAACAUGUCUGAGCAUUUAUUGAUUGGUUGAUGGUUUGAUUGGUUGAUGGUUGAUUGGUUGAUGCUUGAUUGGUUUAUUUACAACCUGUAAAGGUUGAGUUGGGAAAAGCUCAUGCCUUAUUGUUUCCCUUGCACAUAUCGAGUCACUGAUGAGAUGUUUCUCUUUCUAAUGGGCACGUGAUCUUUUCCCAGAUCCUACCCCUCCUUUUGAAUCACUUUGAACAUUGCCAAUGCGAUUUUCUCUGACACACUUUACGUGUCUUUGCGGCUCACAAUUUACUAUUUUAACACUUUUCCUUCUGUUUCUGUUGUGGCAUGCUCUUUUUACGCUUAAAUUAAGUUGUGUGGAGGAGGGUUUGAUUAUAUGAGUUUGAUGUAUUGGAUGUUUGUCUCCUUUGUAAAUGAUUCUCUCUCUCUCUCUCUCUCUCUUCUCUCUCUAUUUAUUUAUUUAUUUGUGUAUGGAACCACAACCACUAUACACAUCUAUACAGAUGAACAAUACUAUCAUAAAUGCAACUUGGUGUAUUCAAUUUGACAGUCCAAAUGAUUUCCAGCUAGAUGUCUAUUUUUGUAGCCAUAGGAAGAAUUGAUUCCCAAGACUGAGGAGUUAUUUAAUGACUGAUUCCACUGUGUUUGGUUCUGCUUAGAAACAGAACUUAACAAGGCUCGUUAUUUGAAACAGAGAGUUAUUUUUGUAAAUAGACAUUGUGCUUUAAAUGUUUUGCGUUAUUUUUUAAAUAUUAAUCGUCACAAGCAUCCUGAAAAAUGACAAACAAUCAAUAUAGGUCACCAAAUUGAAAAGUGGAGCCAGUGAUGAAAUAUGGACCAUUGUUUUCUAAGAUGUGCAUUUUGGGUGUUCUCUUACCUAGUCUUUUCGUCUUGUACUGUUUGCGUUCUAAUCUCUGAUAUCUAUGUUCUCUAACGAUGAUGCCCUCUUCUUUGUUGGCACGAAGCAUACAGUUUAUUCACAGGUUCUGCAACUGUGACUUGCCUGCAAUGCAUGGGACCUUUUCAGUGUCAUUGCUGUAAGCUUGACACAACACAUUCCAAUGAUAGAUUGACCAAACAACAACAGCGAUGUGACACUGUCGUCAUGGAGAAGACGUCUAACCUUUACUCUGCCGUUCCGGCACCUACGGAGUGCACCGAGAAUACUUUUUGAUUCUUACUCUACUUUUGGCAUGAUUUAGCUACCGUGUAAAUACAUAGCAAGAAAAAUAAUUUAAACUCCUUUACGUGACCUGUGGAGCAAAAUGUCAGAAAUGCGCUUUGCGUUGAGUUAGAACCGUGGUGUUAUUUUGGAGCUGCCGGAGUUAAAUGGUCUUUGUCCAAGAACACACAACGACUAUGACUGAGAGAGCAAUCUAACAUAAAUGUUUUCUUUUCUAGAGGAUCGUUUGUGAGAAACGUGUACAGAAUGCAGUAAGCCUUAUAGCUGGUGCCUGGAUUCGUAGUGUGCUUUCAUGACUGACAGUUAGUUGGCUUGUUUCAUAGAUGCAUGUAGGUGAGCUAAUUAGCUUAAUUGCGUGGGUGUGUAGGUGACAAUACAUUGAAAGCGUGCUUAGCCAAUAUUCUUCUGUAUUCCAAUAUCCCAUUGUAGAGUUCUAGCAUUAUAAAUAUGUAUAGGUAAUUAGUGCUUCUAGUUUAUGCUAUGACUCAAUAAAUUACUACUAUAAGUAUAUAAUAUUUGUUUCAAUACAUGUUUCACAAUCAUAACUGUGUGAUGGGCAAUUGAACACUGAGGUGUAGUGAAAAACAUGAACGCUUAUACGUUAUGCAUAGACUAUUGUUUCCACAGUGCAGAGACAAUAUAAGACCUCAUUGGUAGGUAAGUGCAUGCUACAGUGUAUGUAAAAAACAAUAUGUGUAGUUGUGUACCAACAUGUGGUAUUUGUAUUGUAAAUAGGAAAUAGUUUAGCACAGUUAAAUAACAUGGUUUGUUGAUUUGAGAGCAGUUCUAGAUUGAGUAGAGGGUUCUUUCUUAAUUGACUGAACACAGCCAGUGCAUGAGUAGUGUAUAUGUGUGAGACAGUAACAUGUAUAGAUAUUGCAUGUUAGACUUAGUAAACAACUUGCAUGCCUAUAGAUGGGUAGAUCUAGUUCCUGUAGUCACAGUCAUUUCAGCCAAUGUAUUAUGACCAUCUUAAUACAUGACUAAUCAGAAUCAUUUGUGAUUUCUUUCUUACUAUGUCAGUCUCUCUUAGUUGAUUUACUACUUUACUGGGUUGUCACUAUUCAUAUUUUCUCUCUGGUUUCAUACAGUCUCUUCUAUUCUAUCGCACUCUACUCUAUUCUACUUUUCUUCUUCAGUUGUCUGGUCUCUACAAUGAGUAUAGAUUUUUCGGGUAUUUAUCUUCACUUCUCUGCUGUGCUUCAAAUACUGUAAAAUCCACUGACAGUGUCCUGUUUUUGACCCUGCUUCUAUUCCAGCAUGGAAGCUUAAACAGUAAAAGCGAGACAUAUUACGGAAACUAUUCUACAUGUCAAAACAACCUGUGCUCUUAACUAGAAACUGGCUGCUGCUCACUGUAUGUGAUGAUGUGGAGUUUGACCUUUGACCUUAUGUAAAGCUGCAGCUCGUUCUGUAUGUCUCUCUGUCUGGGUCUGUGUGACAUGGCUACUGUCAAUGCCUCUUUUAUGCAGCGCUGAUUCCGAUGUUGCCAUAGUCUGUACUACUGCACCUUGUCAGUCAAUGUCUCAAUGGGCUUUAAUGGGUUAAUGAGAAUAUUGUGAGUAUUUUGGUAAAUAGCCUGUACAUUUUGUAAAUGAACUGAGAAAUAAAAGUAGUUUAUCCUCAUUC